AUGACUAAGACUUGGUUAGGACAUUUGGAAGAGAUGUGGCCACAACCCUUACAGCUGAUGCAUAGCAAAAAAAGGAUAGCAGAUUCAAUUCUCCAUGCUGAGAUAUUAGCACCAAUAGCCUUGGAACAUGACGAAGCUGAGGAAGCUAAAUCGAUUAAAGAGCUUGCAGAGCUAGAUACUGUAAAUUACGAGCUUUUCAAGCAUGCAUAUUUUGUAUCUGUAGAUUUAAACAAGUUUUUGGAUAAGUAUGAGACAUCUAAGUUUCUUAAAAAGUCAUAUGACAUGGAGGGAGCAUGUCCCAAAAUUGAAUCUAGAUGUGGAGACAUUUCCUUAGAGACAUGGACAGGACAACUCGCUCGAAUGUACAUGAAAUGGGCUGAAAAGCAAGGCCAUGCAGUGAGGUUAGUUGAGAGAUGUCCUGCAAAGAAUGGAGGUAUCAAGUCAGCUACAAUUGAAUUCGAAUUCAAAUAUGCUUAUGGCUAUCUAUUAGGGGAAAGAGGUGUUCACCGAAUAAUUGGAAAUCCUAAGAGUGGAUUUAAUUACCCUGAGUUUCCACAAGUUGUAGCCAGGCAUAUCUUGGUUUCAGAACUUAAUAGUGUUCCUAAAGUGUUAGAACAAGAAGAGGCUACUAUAUGGUGGCAAAAGAACCAAAAGAAUCUAUGCGUGUUUGGCAAGCUUAGUUCUAAAUUUACGGCUGUGGAUGUGACUCCUUUGUUCCUUGAAUCAUCACUCGGACUAUUAAUUGAUGACAAGGAUCUACUAGUCUCCUGCCCAUCAUCUUCCAAGAAGUUGGGCAAGAUUUCUUCAUCGGUUUCCAUUCAGCAUAUUUUAACUGGUGUGGAAGUCCAAUCAACAGUAAUAUAG